CGUUGAUAAGCACGAUGCCAUCAAGUAGGUCUCACUAACAAAAGAUAUAAUCUCACAAUUUACCUCGAAGCAGUCAAACCAGUUGGCCACGAUGGAAGGAAAGCGAUUUGAAGACAUUGUCCGAAUGUUGAUCUAUGUUCAACUAUUCCUAACUUCAGUUUGCGUUGGUUCAUCGCCAUGCAUGCCUGAAACCGACCGUUUGGGGCGCUACACGGUCAUAGGUGGUGGCGGUAACACCUCGUCGGCGGGUGUUCCUAGUGGGUCUAGGGUUCAAGUCUCAGUAAGAUGCGAUUCGGGUGCUGUCGCACAACAAUCUGUGACGUCACAAUGCUCUAAUGGAACAUGGAUCCCUCCCUGGCCUCGAUGUGAAAAACCUUGUUCGGUACCAAGGAACAUAGGACAGGUUCGCCAGUUUUUGAAUGAUAAAAGAAUGACUAGCUACUAUAACCGUCCCGCCUUGCCCAAUGGCACCCAGAUAGUUGCUAGAUGUAGAGACCCUGGAAAGCAUAGAUUGAUUGGUGAUCAAAGACGAACUUGUCAAGGAGGACAGUGGACCGGGGAAGAACCAAUAUGCCAACCUGUACAAACACAAGUCUUAUUCUACGGCGCAUCGCAUGAGGUUGCUAGUAAUGGGACAGUCGUGGUUCACGUGCAUCGUGGAAAUCCUUUGAAUCUUAAUGUACUCUGCAGACUCACAAGUCUAAGCUUAAGACCUCCUCGGCUGACAACCCCUCUCGUGAAUGACGGAGAGUUACCGCAAUGGCACAGGUUGAAUACUCAUAAAAUAGAGCUGAGUCCAAUGUCUACUGAUAUCUCUGGCAUGUAUACAUGCAGUGGGUCGUCAUCAUCUCACAGCGUACAUGUGCUGUUUAAAGAAUAA